UUUUUUACACAGCGGCAAACGUUAGCAACUAUAUUGGAUACUAUACUGGUUUGUGGACAACACAUUUAUUCCUGUUCUAGAAAUCUCUUAUUUCGUAUCAAAUGUCAGUUUCACUGCAUACUUAUCACCAAGCAAAAAAAAUCGCUGGGUUCAACGAAUUGUCAUAAGUAUCUGUUUUGCCGUUAUUUAAGUUUUGGAGAAAGUAAAAUGGCUUUGUCACGAAUUAGAUGUUCUAGAGAAUUUCCGUCCAUUUUUAAUCACUUUAAUUAUCCAGUUACCAUGCAGUCAAAAAAAUUAAUUGAAAUGCAUGUAAACAUUUCGAAAAAAGUAAAUUUCCAUGUGUCAAGAGUGCGCAACUAUCCGGAAGCACCGCAAAUACCUUUACCGAGGAACGUUUCUGAAAUAUUUGGCAACGAGACAGGUCGUUUUACUCCAGAGCGUGCUAGAGAUAUAACAGCUCCAGUAUUGUCACUAAUUAACGGGCCAAAUGGAGCGUGUGAUCGUCUUAACUCAUCAAGAUGGGCCGGAUUGAGAUGCAUCGACUCCCAUGUGGCUUCUUAUGAUUGUUUCGGAGCAGUGAGCUUGAACAGUAGCAUGCAAACAAUGGUUCCGAAGCCUUUUUGCGCUGCUGGCAAGUCCACUUACUUGAACAUGCCCGGAGGACAAUGGACCAGAGACAGCAAGUACAUUGCUGAGUAUAUGCAAAAAGCCCAUUAUGCAGUGCUGAAAAAUAAAAAUCCAAACUUGUCUAAAAGUACUUUAUCAUCGACGAUUGCUCAUUAUUCAACGGAUAGUAAACAAACGGAUCCAUCAAAAGAUUUAUCAGCUUCUUCAUCGUCGGAUGAAAAAUUAACAAACGCUCAGAAGCUUAAAAGGGCUGUAAAGGAUUAUGGAAGUACUGUAAUUGUAUUCCAUGUAACAAUAUCAUUGAUGUCACUUGGUAUUUUUUACCUUAUUGUUUAUAGUGGCUUAGACAUUCAGGCAUUUGUUAAAAUGCUUCCCACUAGUUCAAGUGAACGACUGGAGAAUGUUAUGACCAACUCAUCAACAUUUCUAAUAGCGUACGCAAUACACAAGUUAUUUGCUCCGGUAAGAAUAUCAAUAACUCUAGGAGCAACACCAUUCAUCGUUAAAUAUCUACGCAAAAUUGGUAUUCUUUCUAAAAAAGUUACCAAAACGUGA